UCCAAAAUCAAAAUUACUAAACAAAAAUGUCCUUCUUCUCUUCUUUCUUCUCCUCCUCAUCGGAGACCAACCUAACAACCGCAAAACACAUCCUCUCAACUGCCGCCACCGUAACCGCCACCGCAUUGUUAAUCCGUUCAGUCGCCAAGGAAUUACUCCCAAUCGACCUCCGCGACUACAUACUCACCAAAAGCAACACCAUUUUCUCUCGUUUCUCCACAAACAUAACAAUGGUAGUCGAAGAAUUCGAAGGCCUCGACGCCAAUCAAAUCUACCAAGCCGUGGAAUUCUAUCUCGGCACAAUCAUCUCAUCUUCAACACAAAGACUCCUUGUAUCCAAAUCCGAUAACCUAAAAACCUUCAACCUCACAGUGAAACAUAACCAAUUGGUUACCGAUUACUUCCGCGGCGUUAAAUUCCAAUGGCUCCUCCGAAACCCUAACGAUCUAACCGCCACGUUAAAUUCAGAGAUGCGUUCAUUUGAAUUAACAUUCAAAAGAAAACACAAAGAAAUGGUUCUCGACACCUACAUUCCGUUUAUUCUCCAAGAAGCGAAAUCGAAGAAACAAGAAAGGCAAGAUUUGAAGAUUUACACCAUUGAUACGCAGAAUAUGUUCGGGAGUUUCGGCCUCGCUUGGGUGGGGACCACACUUGAUAACUCUUCGACUUUUGACACGAUGGCACUUGAGCGUGAUUUAGGGGAGUUUGUUAUGGAAGAUUUGAUAAAGUUUGUUAUGAGGAAAGGGUAUUAUAGGAGUGUUGGAAAACCUUGGAAGAGAGGUUACUUGCUGUAUGGUCCACCUGGAACUGGGAAAAGUAGUUUGAUUGCUGCUAUGGCUAAUUAUUUGCAUUUUGAUAUUUAUGAUUUGGAGCUUAGUGAGGUGAGUAGUAAUGCUGACUUGAGAAGGUUGUUGAUUGCUAUGCGGAAUAGGUCUAUUGUUGCCAUUGAGGAUAUUGAUUGUAGCGUUGAUCAGGAUCGACAAGGAAGAACUUCCACUAGAAUUAACCACAAACAGGUUACACUAUCAGGGCUACUAAAUUUUAUUGACGGGCUAUGGUCAAAUUGGGGAGAUGAGAGGAUUAUAGUGUUUACGACAAAUCACAAGGAGAAGCUUGAUCCAGCUUUGUUGCGACCUGGUCGCAUCGAUGUUCAUAUCCUCAUGUCUUAUUGCUCUCCCUAUGUUUUUAGGCAGCUUGCUUUACGUUACCUUGGAAUUACAGAACACUUUUAUUUCCGAGAGAUUGAGCGAACACUUCAUAAUACCAAUGUGACUCCAGCUGAAGUGGCGGAAUACCUUCUCAAGGGCUCCGACGUUGACAUUACUCUUAAAGAAUUGGCAGAUUUUGUUAGAGUCAAGGGUGUAAUUCAGCAACUCGAAUAUCUAGCAUCGUGAGAAGAAGAAAAUGAUAGUGAAGUUGAAGAAGAAAAUGUUCACAAACAAUUCAUGACUGAAUUAAGAAAUAACUAGUAUAAUGCAUUUUUUCUGUUUUAUCGUUUUUCCAGCGUAAAGAGAAUGUACAUACUGUAAUCAUGACAAGAAGAUUGUUGAGAGUUCUUAUCUACACGUUAUUGAG